CAGAUUGCAUGAUGUUGAUGAUUGACAGCGGUACGGACCAAUGCGCGGACGUGUUCGGUCGUACCCCCUAGUUGAUCUCAGAGCGACGUUCAAGGGAACAUUUGUUCGGGACAUGGUACCCUUUAUGUCGGUUGAUUGUAGCUUGUAACAGUUUGUACUAUUCUUUAAACAGGAUUUAAACUGAAGCGGGGGAUUGUUAUUUUAAGCUAUAGCGGUAAAGGAUCUGUUGAAUGUUUGCAUUUUAUUGCCAGUACGCCGUUUAGGUUUAGCUUGAGGUUUAACGAAGUGGAAGAGUUCAGUGUGGAAGGAAAAGCACUCCUUGGCUUCGCCUGUGGAUCCACUCGGUCUAGAGUGCAUUCUCAACAUCACAGCUGCGGAUCAGUUACUGAUGGGUACAUACUGUAAGGCAACACACCACAAGAACUGUAAAUCAUUCGGAAGAAACAGGACUUGGGAAAGAAUGAAGACAACCUAGAUAUUGUUGCCACAGAACUGUUGAAGACUACAUUUUUGUUGAAGUAUAAACUCACAGCCAUUUGAACCAGCAGAUGUGUAUCUGGACUAAGCACAUAGAGAAACCUGAAAAGUAACUUUGCUUAUUGAGGCUCAUCUUCCAAAAGAACACUUUGAGUUGAAGUGAUCAGUAUGAGUGCUGAAGGAUAUCAAUACAGAGCGCUUUAUGAGUACAAGAAAGAUAGGGAGGAGGACAUUGAUCUGCAUGUGGGGGAUAUACUGCUGGUAAGCAAAGGAGCGCUGGUGGCUCUUGGUUACACUGAUGGCCUGGAGCAGAGACCCGAUGAGAUCGGCUGGUUGCCGGGCUUCAAUGAAACCACCCAGGAAAAGGGGGACUUCCCUGGGACGUAUGUGGAGUACAUCGGAAAGAAAUGGAUCUCUCCUCCAACACCCAAGCCAAGGCCCCUCAGACCCUUACCUGUUGCUCCAGGCUCCUUCAAGGCCGAUACAGACUUUGACUCAGAGCAAGGCCUCUGUCUGCUGGACUUGACAGAGCAGUUCUCCCUCCCAGACACAGCUCCUGCCAUGCUGGUCAAACUGCUGGAGGCUAUUGAGAGAAAAGGUCUGGAUAACCCCACUUUAUAUCGAACUUUCACCGCUGGUGCUGGACUUGAAGUGCGACAGUAUUUUGAUUGUGAUCCUCCCUCAACAGACCUGGACCAGUUAGAACUUUCGGUCCUGUGUGAUGGUCUGCGCAGGUACCUGCAGGAUCUUCCACAGCCCAUUAUCCCCACUUCACUAUACCCUCAGAUGGUCCUUACUGCCAAAGAGGUGGUGAAUCCCGAGGAAUGUGCCCAGCUGCUGCGUCGUGUUGCCAGCACUCCCAGCCUGCCUCCGCAGUAUUGGCUAACUCUCCAGCAUCUGCUAAGGCAUUUCACCAGAGUGUGCAAAAGUGGCUCUAAGAACCUGCUCAGUGCUAGAACCCUUGGCGAGAUCUUCAGCCCUGUGUUUUUCAGACCACAGGCCACCAGUUGUGAACCCAGCCUGGAUAUUCACAUCAAGAUCAUUGAGGUUCUGGUGACCAGUGAAUGGAGUGAAAGUCAGGCUGCUCCAGCUCUACCUCCAAAGCCACCUAAGCCCACAUCUGUGACUAACAACGGUAUGAACAACAUGGCUCUACAAGAUGCUGAAUGGUACUGGGGAGAUAUCUCAAGGGAGGAGGUCAAUGAGAAGCUGAGGGACACUGCGGACGGUACGUUUUUGGUGCGAGACGCCUCAACGAAAAUGCACGGAGACUACACUCUGACUCUGAGGAAAGGAGGCAACAACAAACUCAUUAAAAUAUUCCAUCGGGAUGGGAAGUACGGCUUCUCAGACCCUCUGACCUUCAGCUCUGUUGUCGAGCUCAUCAACCACUAUCGCAACGAAUCACUGGCUCAGUACAACCCCAAGCUAGAUGUCAAGCUGCUCUAUCCAGUCUCCAAACACCAGCAGGAUCAAGUGGUGAAAGAAGACAAUAUCGAAGCUGUGGGGAGGAAGCUCUGUGAGUACCACCAACAGUACCAGGAGAAGAACAAAGAGUACGACCGUCUGUAUGAAGAGUACACGCGAACAUCACAAGAAAUCCAAAUGAAAAGGACAGCGAUCGAGGCUUUUAAUGAAACUAUAAAGAUAUUUGAAGAGCAAUGCCAAACACAAGAGCGGUACAGCAAGGAGUAUAUUGAGAAGUUCAGGAGAGAAGGCAACGACAAAGAGAUCCAGAGGAUCCUGGGAAACUAUGAAAAGUUGAAAUCAAGGAUAAGUGAAAUUGUAGACAGCAAGCGGCGCCUGGAGGAAGAUCUGAAGAAACAGGCGGCAGACUACAGGGAGAUCGACAAGAGAAUGAACAGCAUCAAGCCCGACCUCAUCCAGCUCCGCAAGACCAGAGACCAGUAUCUUAUGUGGUUGACCCAGAAAGGAGUAAGACAGAAGAAACUCAACGAGUGGCUGGGCCUCAAGAACGAGAACACAGAAGAUCAAUUUUCUAUGGUUGACGAUGAUGAAGACCUUCCUCAUCACGAUGAGCGGUCCUGGAAACUGGGCAACAUCAAACGACUACAGGCUGAGGGUCUACUCCAGGGCAAAAGAGACGGAACAUUCCUGGUUCGAGAGAGCAGCAAAGCAGGCUGCUACGCCUGCAGUGUUGUUGUGGACGGCGAGGUGAAACACUGCGUCAUCAACAGGACCCCCUCAGGUUAUGGCUUCGCUGAGCCCUACAACCUGUACAGCUCAUUAAAAGAACUCGUACUUCACUACCAGCACACGUCUUUGGUCCAGCACAAUGACUCUCUGAAUGUGACGCUAGCAUACCCCGUUUAUGCCCAGCAGAGACGGUGAGGACCCGAAUGUUUCCACGUGGACACAAAGAAAAGGCCUCACAGGCGAUGGCAAUACACGUCCUUGGACUCCCUGAUUGAAACGAGGAAA